UGUCUUUACGUUGUGGGAGCUGGAGGCUCCAGCAGCAGAAACGCCCUGCAUACUCUCUCCCUCACUCCUCCAACAUCCAUCCACUAUCCGUGUGUCCCGGCUCUCCUCUGCUCCUCCAGCCGCGGAGGAGCCACUCUGAGCCUGAAGGAAGACGAACCACACCUCGCUGGAAGAAAUGGCCUUUUAACACUAGAGAAAAGAACCCGGAAAAGACAUGGAUCCUUUUUCCUUCCAACACCACCUCCUCCUCCUGCUCGCUUCCCUGAACUGCUUCCCCGCUGCUGCUGACAUGAGACUCGGUUGCCUGUUUGAGAACGGGCUGUGUUCACCAUAUGAGAUCUGUGUCAACGAUGGUAUGUUUGGGAGGUGUCACCGUGUUCCAGUGAAGGAGGUUUACACCUACGAUGUCUCCCCGUCUGUAGUGCAACGCUUCAGGACGCUGCUGGAGAAGCUCUCUAACAGAGGUUUAACCUGGAAAGAUGACACCACUCAGCAGGUUCUGUCCAAUGAGUUAUCCAAGCUGAGGAGGGUUCCCUACAGGCCACAGAAUGGAGCGGUCUACAACACCGACAGCAGGCCGGUAGCUGGAGCGAUGGACCCAGUAGACCAGAGGGUGAAGCCGGUGGAGGUGGAGCUCAGUAGAAAUCUGCAGACGUACCUACAACGUCUCGGCCUCCUUCCCAAGACGCCAUCUGCCUCUAGUCUGAGCACCCUGGGCAAGGGUGACCGUUUCCCUACGGACUCCUAUCGCUCCAAGGCUCAGAAGUCAUCUCCCUCCAGCUUUUCCCCUCUUUCAUCUCUCUUCCCUCUGCAGAAGCAGAGACCCCCAGCCGACCAGCUCACCAAGCAGGCUGAGGGUGACCUUCUCCUGGGCGCCCUGAGGCAGUAUCUCUCUAGGCAUCUGUCCCUGUACGGUGGCGGGGUGAGCCCCGAGGAGCAGGAGGCUCCCUCAUCCCGCCAGAGGCCCUUCUACGCCAACGUAAUAGAAAACUCUGGACUCAAAAAAGACACCUCAAAAUCCAGGCUUCUAAAGUUGGGAAGAACGCAGGCGGCUUCAGUCAAAGACCCUCUGACAUCUGUGGAUGAGAGCUUCAUCAAGAACGUUUUGAAGAGCGUUGGCAGGCACCACGUGGAUGUGGAUGGCCUGACAGUGCAAGAUUUGGGCCAACUGUCCAGCCUAAUAGCUGAUGCUCUACAGGUGGUCAACCAGGACCAGGGACUUAACAGGGGCCUGAUCCAUGCCAGACCUGAACCGAGAGACCUGAGGGAGGAAGAAGAAGAGGUGGCUGCCAGGGAUGAGGAAGAGGAGAAGUUGCUCGAGAACACUCCAACACUAAAACCACAUGAGAGCACUCCCAUAGUCUCGGCAGCACUUCAAGAGCGCCGCACAGAUACAGAGGAGCAUAUUGUGAAGGACAAGCCUGAGGGUGGAAAGCUCUUUACCAAACUUCUGGCCUACCUGGACAAAACUUCCUUCAACGCCUCUCCUCCAGCAAGAAAUCGUGACGUUGUUGCUAUGGAGACACCCAUAGGCCAACAGGUGGGCCUGGAAAAUGUCCAGAGCCGGACCAGCGGGGCCGGGGUGACGGUGCAGAAGAAGGACGCCACCCAGUCUGUGGAGGAGGUGUCGGAAGUGCAGGGCUGGAUCAAAGAGGUGGCGCCCCCUCCUGCUUUGCUCGUGUAUGAGGAGCCGCACGAGAAGACGGUGCACGUUCCCGAACUUCAGCUGGACGUCAAAGCUGGCAGGACGAAGGCAGACGAUGAUGUCUUUGGCUACGUCAUCACCGACACAGAUGGGCUCCAAACAGACGAAGGCAUCCACCUGAUGCAGAUCCUGGCUCGCAUGUCUAAAAUCCAGCUGACCGACUUCGCCGAGCUCUCGGUGGUGGGCCCCGCUGUGACCUUCAAAGUGAGCCCAAACACUCACAACAUCAGCACCACAGAUGUGGCCAACGUGGCUGUUCACCAGAAAGAGGCUCUGGAGAAGGAGGCCAAGGUCAACAUCCUGGAGGCCGGGGUCACCGAUGGAAGCCAGAUCAACCAGAUCCCCACCAAGUACAGCCAGGCGGAGUCCACCAAGUUCCUGGUCCUCACAGUGGUGUCUAUCCUGUGCAUCGUCGGCGUGCUGCUGGCCUCCACCGUGGUCUACUGCCUCCGCCACCGCUCCCACCACAAGCUGAAACAGAAGCUCACCAAUCUGGGAACAGAUACUGGCAGCGAUGCUACUGCCACCUAUCAGGAGCUCUGUCGGCAGCGCAUGGCGGUCAAACCUCCGGCUGAGCGCCCGGAGCCUAUCUCCUCCAGGAUCAACAGCGUGUCGUCUCAGUUCAGCGAUGGCGGUCAAGCCGUCAGCCCCUCGGCGCGGAGUAGCAUCUCCUCCUGGAGCGAAGAGCCCGCCCACUCCAACAUGGACAUCUCCACCGGUCACAUGAUACUGUCCUACAUGGAGGAUCACAUGAAGAACAAGGACCGCCUGGAGAAGGAGUGGGAGGCGCUGCGUGCCUAUCAGGCAGAACCCAACGCCUGCACCAGCGGCCUGAAAGAUGGCAAUGCCAAGAAGAACCGCUCCACUGCUGUUGUGGCAUAUGAUCACUCCAGAAUCACCUUGAAGGUGGAGAACAGCCAAGGCAACUCUGAUUACAUCAAUGCCAGCCCGAUCAUGGAUCAUGAUCCCAGGAACCCUGCCUACAUUGCCACUCAAGGCCCUCUGCCCUCCACCGUGGCUGAUUUCUGGCAGAUGGUAUGGGAGAACGGCUGCGUGGUUAUCGUUAUGCUGACACCUCUUGUCGAGAGCGGGGUGAAGCAGUGCUACCACUACUGGCCUGAUGAGGGAUCCAACCUGUACCACAUCUACGAGGUGAACCUGGUGUCCGAACACAUCUGGUGCGAUGACUUCCUGGUUCGAAGCUUCUACCUAAAGAACAUGCAAACCAACGAGACACGAACCGUCACUCAGUUCCACUUCCUGACCUGGCUCAACCAGAACGUCCCGGAGACCAGCCGGACACUCCUCGACUUCCGCAGAAAAGUUAACAAGUGCUACCGGGGACGCUCGUGUCCUAUCAUAGUCCACUGCAGUGAUGGCGCAGGAAGAAGUGGGACCUACAUCCUGAUUGACAUGGUCCUCAACAAGAUGGCUAAAGGUGCCAAGGAGAUUGAUAUUGCAGCGACUCUGGAGCACCUGCGGGACCAGAGGCCGGGAAUGGUUCAGACCAAGGAUCAAUUUGAGUUUGCGUUGACGACCGUUGCAGAGGAAGUGAACGCCAUUCUGAAAGCUCUUCCACAAUAGGAAAGAACACCUCUUUCUGAUGGAGCUCCUUUCUCUUCUUCUUCCUCCUCUUCUGUCUCAUGUAGAGGACAGCCCCUAUUAUUACUUCCUUAUGUUUCAUCCUCCCGUCUUGUCAGUCAGCUUCCCUGUUUCCAUCUCUUCCUUUAUCCUCUCAUUCUCCCUUUUGUCUUAUCCUUUCUCAUUUUUUCUUGUUUUUUCCUAAUUUUCAUCCCGGUUUUUCCUCUUCUUCCUUUGGGCCUUUGCUCGUAUUUGCUUGUUUUUCCCAUCCUCUCCUCUUUCCCCCUCAUGUCACAUUGUCUUGUUGCUUCUCACAUCCUGUCCUUACCCACCCUAUCUUGUUUAUUUCCUUGUUUCCUGGAUGGUCUCCUGCUAUAUCUCUCCCCAACUGUCCUCCUUUCCCUUCUCUGAUUCUCUCGUGUCCCUGUCUUUUUCCAAAUGUGUCCUUCUUUUCUCUCCCUUCAGUUUCUUAUUUUAACGUUGUCCUUUCUCCUCUUGUUUCCUUUCCUUUUACCGCCUCCUCUUUCCAGUCAUCGCCCCCUCCAUCCACUUCUUCCCAUCUUCUCCUCUCUUUCUAUCUUAGUAAACAUUGUGUCAGGAAACCCUGAACCAAUCCUGUACAUAGAUGGACCUUCCUUCUAUUGUAAUCCAUCGAUGCAGCCUGUUUUUUCCAAAGUAACAUGUAAACACAUUUUCAUAGUUUGAUGAUGUUCUUUUAAGAGUAUAUGUAUCAUAGUUUCUGUUUGAUUGGUCUUCGUUUUGAGUGUGUGUGAUGUUGAUUAUCAUGUUUGUAUCACAAAAUUGUAUUUGUGUCUGAUUUUUAGAGCCAUGCUUUCUGAUAUGUUGUCAUGCAGUACGCUCAACUGUCCCAGUAACUGUAACCAGUAUCUUUGAUUUCAUCUACCGUUGAAAUUUUCUUUUCUCAACAGUAAGUGAUAAAAAACUGCCAAUCUGGUAGGGUUUCCAAAAUUCUCUUAUUGUGAGAAAAAUAAAACAAAAUGCUGGUACUGGAUUUGAGCUGAGAUAACAUGGAUAUAUUCUUUUCAAUGUGUAAUUGUCAUUAUCCUAGUAGAAGCAAUAUUGUGUUUCUUCAACUUGACUCGUGGACAUCCAAUACUGUGGCUUGUCAUGUCUGCCUUAAACUCAGUAGAUGGACUUGUAAAUGUGUCCAGCCACAUGGAAACUUGCCUAGUGUGUAACGCUUCAUUUUAAAAUGGCCUUAUUCCAGCGUAUUAACCUGUGGAUUAAAAGUUUGCUGUGCUGCUACGUAAUACAUAUUCUCUCUGAUAAGACUAAAGAGAAUGCAGUCUAAUUUGGGGGCAGGAAGUUACCUUCAGUCCAAACGUUUGUAAGAGACGGCAGUAAUCGUAUACUUGAAAAAUCACCUAUUAAUCACUUUGAACCACAGGACGCUGGAAUAAUAUAUGUAAUAAAAUAAAGUGUUUCUGACUAGUACUUUUAUGAUAAAAGAGGAUAGUCUUGCUUCUGAAUAGCAGUUCUUCUAUGUAGCAUUAAUGGAUGAUGUACAUGUACAGUAGCUGAACCUGUAUUGCAUUGAAAACUAGUUUGCUGUGACACUCGUCAGCUGGUUUUCCCAAAAGCAUCUUGAGACUUACUGUUGUUUUGUUGUAAAUGAAAGGAGCAGCAUUAAAGGACCAUGCCAGUGAUUGAUUUGCAUCUUUUCUCCCAUCAAUUUCAAACUGAUUGUACUUUACAUCACUGCUUACCUAAUCAUGCUCUUGUGAACAUCCAGUUAAUAACCAAAUAUAUCAUUCAAAUUAUAUGUAGAAAGUUUGAGUCUGAAAUUUAAAGAUUUGUUGGAUAGGGAAAGUAUGGAAAUGAAUGGAAACCAAUGGCUGCCUAGAAAGCAUACAGAC